GAAUACCGCUGUUCUUUCUGUCUUACCAUAAUAGCUUGCGGUAAAAACGGAACUUCAAUAACGUUAAAAUGAGUGCACGCCUCAUCAUAAGGAGCCUGCACACGGCACAGUGGGGACUUCUGGCUCGAGUUCCCCGCCGUGCCAAUCCUGGCAUGGGCUAUCAACUGCAGGAUUUGCAGCAAAAGAGUGCCGACGCGAGUGAAGAUUAUGCCGACAUGGAAUCGGAUUUUAUGUUCGUCCAUCAAACAGAUCGCCAACACGAGGCCCAACAGCAACAGCAACGCGAUCGUGUACGCCAGUUCAUGAUCAAGCACAAAUAUUUUCGCAAUGCCAAAUUGCCAAAUUUGUUGCUGUACGCGGAAAAGGAGCAAAUGCGUCUGCUGCACGAACGAGAUCCGGACGAAUGGAGCGUUGCGCGACUGGCUGAGAGUUUUCCGGCAACACCGGGAAUUGUACAGAAGGUGUUACGUUCCAAGUGGCGGCCAAGUAGUGUGGAACGCAUACGCUCCCACGAUGCCAGCGUCAUGCAAAACUGGACCGAAUUGCACGCUGGAAAAUGCGCGGGUGUACCUCCAGAGCUUUUGCAUCACCUGCAAAAGUUUGUACAGCGCCAGAGACGAGACCUGAAACAGUUAACGCCAGAGCAGUGGCCAACGCGACCGGAACUACCCGUACCCCAAAGAACCGAGUUUCGUGCCUUACUGGGCUAUGAAGGCAACAAGCAGCUGGCAACAGGAAUGCCUGCCCAGCGACCAGAUGAGCAGGGCAUGGUUCCUUCGGCGACUGAGGAUGAAACCUACUUACUGGACAAGGUUAAAAACAAGCGAAAAAUGCGCUUGCAGGAGUUGAAGGACUCGCAGCUGGUGCCACAGCAACAACAACAUCUGGAACAAAACUUGCCCAAUCCAAGCGGUACGGGUGUGUUGCCUAGUUUUGUGCAAAAAUUCGAAAGCACCGAAAUUGUGAUCAGCGUUGCGGACCAGCGUAAAUAUGAGAUGAGCAAAGUGAAGGAUCGCAUUGUUAUACCACGCAAAUUAUACCGUCAAGGAGCCACAUAUCGCGUAGAAGAUGCCUAUUACGAUGAUGAUGGCGGGUUUCUGUAUCGUGUGCCCGGCAUGACGGGAGGCAAUCGGUAGCGCAUUAAAUCAAAAUAAAUAUAGCCAAGCACCGUUUUGUAUAAACGUCCGUUAACUGAAAUACAAAAUGUCUUAUCCAUUGGAAAAAACAUGGUCACACUUUUUGCGUUUUGUACCAGUAACUACAAAAACGUACCAAAUAUGGAUGAAUAACAUCAUAAAAUAUUUGAAACCGAUUAUAAAAAUAUAAAGUAAAACAGAUCCAGUGGACUGUUAAACAAAUAGGGUACCAUUUGGUACACUUAUAG